GUAACAAGGUUGGCCCCGUUAACAGAGUGGCGUGGUUUGUGAUGGUCGCCCGCCUGCGUUUAGAGAAUUCACCCAGAGAAUAGUUCUUAAAGCAUCACGCCCAAUCGUGCAAAUUUUAUUAUCCCCCUUAAAUUAACGGGUUGUGCAUUGUAGUUUUCGAAGAUAAUUGCCGCAUUUAAAAAAAAAGUGCGUAAAGUGAUAUUUUUAGUAAGAAUCGAUUAGAGUUACGUUCGAAAGCCAGAAUCACAACAAUCAAUUAUUAAACAAAGUGCAAUGAACAUGCAGAAACAUUUCAAUCUUGUUUAUAAUAAUGAGUUCUGAAGACGAAGCGACGAAAUCUGAAUACGUGCAAAACGCAUCUCAGGAGACGAAACCUACCCCUUCACCUCUCGCGCUUUUAGCGGCGACUUGCAGCAAGAUCGGACCCACUUCGAGUGAACCAACGCCUACAAUGUCCAAUACGCCCACCCCUGUUAAAAGUUUGCCUGUCGGAAGUCCGCAAGUUGUUAGCGUUCCCGUGGGAAUACCUCAACAACUUUUACAGCAGCAAGGAGCGCAACUCGUAAGCGCCGCCGGACAGAACUUGGCCUACAAUGUUAUGCAACCGAUGCAGACUGUCACCAUUGACGGACAGGAAGCGCUAUUCAUACCUGCGAUGUCUUUGGCAGGUAGAUGCGUUUUUAUAGGAAGCCAGCAACCACAACAGAUCUUCAGUCCGGGUCAAAUCCUACGCGCACCAAACGUUCUUCCAGCAAACCUCCAGAACAUCCAAACCGUACAGCUGUCAAAUGGACAAAGCGUUGCAGUUCGUCCGUCGCUACCACAAGUGGUACAAUUCCCUACAAUGCAACAAACAAUUCCAGUACAAGUACCGAUAUCGUCCGCGAAUGGUCAAACCAUCUACCAAACCAUUCACUUUCCCGUACAGUUAGCGACCGUACCAACAAAUAUCAUACAGGCACAACCGAUAGUUCCUCAAAUGGCCAGUAUUAUUACGCCAAGUGGUCAGCUUCAGCAAGUCCAAAUUGCAAGCGCAUCGGCCACAGCACAACCUAGUCAGUCACAACAGACGCCCACGCCUGUAGCUUCCCAAACUGUUACAGUACAAGCCGAUUCGGCAACACAACCGUUGACAUUCACAGCCGCCAACGGUCAGCAAUUCACGGUUAUACCUGCAAACUUACAACAAGUGCGGGGAACUAACGUCGGAAAUGUGGUGCAAGUUGCCAAUAUACAGGGCGUUCCAACUGUACAAAAUAUUCCAGGACUGGGAAACGUACAAGUCAUCACACAGCAAGCAGCGCCGCAGAUUGCAGUUGGCCAGCAGUUGCAGCAGGAUCCAACGGACCCUAGUAAAUGGCAGGUUCUACAAAGCGUCUCUUCCGCCGCAACUGAUCCUAGUAAAUGGCAGGUUUUACAAAGCGUCGCCUCCGCCACACAACCUGCGUUAGCGCCUAGUGUCGUUGUGACAACCCAAGACAUAAAUUCGUCCCAAGUUAGUGAUAUUAGCCAAGACGGUUUACAGAAGCAACGAGUGAGGCGUGUCGCUUGUACAUGUCCGAAUUGCGCCGAAGGUGAAAGACACAGUGAUAGGAAAAAACAGCACAUAUGCCAUAUUCCGGGCUGUAACAAAGUGUACGGUAAAACUUCUCAUUUGCGCGCUCAUCUCCGGUGGCACACAGGCGAGAGGCCAUUCGUCUGCACGUGGUUAUUCUGCGGUAAACGUUUUACGAGAUCUGACGAACUGCAACGACAUCGACGCACACAUACCGGCGAAAAACGCUUCCAAUGUCCCGAAUGCAGUAAAAAGUUCAUGCGAUCCGACCACCUCUCAAAACACAUCAAAACUCACCAAAAACAACGAAUAAUGAAACAAAACGGCGACGCCCACGAACAGGGAGAGGAAGAGCAGUGGGAACCCGACGAACCGCCCGAAGAACCCAAACCUCAAGUUUGGAUUACAGACGGAAAGUCAAACGUAAAAUACGCGAUCACGCAGCUGAAUUAUUCUCAGGAGGCGGCGACAUCGACGCAGUCCGCUUCCUCGGAUAGUUCGAGCAAUGAAGAGAAGAUGAUGAUCACGAUUAGUGCAACCGAAGAUGAUCUGAUAAUAGCGGAUACGCUAGAUAGUUGAGAGUCCCCUGUUUUUGUUUCAAAUUCUAAUAAACUAGGCGAAUAUUUAAGUUAAUCCUUAAAUUAAUGUUUGAAGUUUUGUAUAUUCUGUAAAAGCAUUUUUACAAUGUUAAAUAUAAUAUUUUUAUUAC